CUGCUGCUGCUGCUGCUGUUCCCGGCUCUGGAGCUUGCGCUGCGAGCCCCGCAGCCCCAGGAGGCACGCGCCAAGUUCUGUGGCCACCACCUGGUGCGCACACUGGUGCGGGUGUGCGGGAGCCCGCGCUGGUCCCCCGAAGUUACGCAGCCAGUGGACGCCCGCGACCGGGAGUUGCUACGGUGGCUGGAGCAGCGGCAGCUCCUGCAAGCACUUGCGGCUGACACGCUGGACCCCGCGCUGGACCCCGGCCCGCAGCUUCCUCCCCAGGCUCCUCAGCGCUACCGCCGCAGUGCCGCCAUGAACCCUGCACACCGCUGCUGUCUCACUGGCUGCACACAGCAAGACCUGGGGCGCCUCUGUCCCACCUGA